CAAUAUAUACUGAAACUAUGGAAGACUAUACCAAGAUAGAGAAAAUUGGGGAAGGUACCUAUGGAGUUGUGUAUAAGGGUAGACACAAAACUACAGGUCAGAUUGUAGCCAUGAAGAAAAUCAGACUAGAAAGUGAAGAGGAAGGGGUUCCUAGUACUGCAAUUCGGGAAAUAUCUCUAUUAAAAGAACUCCGUCAUCCAAAUAUAGUCAGUCUUCAAGAUGUGCUUAUGCAGGACUCCAGGUUAUAUCUCAUCUUUGAAUUCCUUUCCAUGGAUCUGAAGAAAUACUUGGAUUCUAUCCCUCCUGGUCAGUUCAUGGAUUCUUCCCUUGUUAAGAGUUAUUUGUACCAAAUCCUACAAGGAAUUGUGUUUUGUCACUCUAGAAGAGUUCUUCACAGAGACUUAAAACCUCAAAAUCUAUUGAUUGAUGACAAAGGAACAAUUAAACUGGCUGAUUUUGGGCUUGCCAGAGCUUUUGGAAUACCUAUUAGAGUUUAUACACAUGAGGUAGUAACUCUCUGGUAUAGAUCUCCAGAAGUAUUGCUGGGGUCAGCUCGCUAUUCCACUCCAGUUGACAUUUGGAGUAUAGGCACCAUAUUUGCAGAGUUAGCAACUAAGAAACCACUUUUCCACGGGGAUUCAGAAAUUGAUCAACUCUUCAGGAUUUUCAGAGCUUUGGGCACCCCCAAUAAUGAAGUGUGGCCAGAAGUGGAAUCUUUACAGGACUAUAAGAAUACAUUUCCCAAGUGGAAACCAGGAAGCCUAGCAUCCCAUGUCAAAAACUUGGACGAAAAUGGCUUGGAUCUGCUCUCGAAAAUGUUAGUCUAUGAUCCUGCCAAACGAAUUUCUGGGAAAAUGGCACUGAAUCAUCCAUACUUUAAUGAUUUGGACAGUCAGAUUAAGAAGAUGUAGCUUUCUGACAAAAAGUUUCCAUGUGUUGUAUCAAGAACAUAUAGUCAUCCUUUCACUUGUAACUAUUUUUGUUGUGUGUACUUAUCUUUUCUGUAAAACUCAAGCUGUACUUCAUCUUCUAAUUUCAAAAGUGUAACUUAAAAAUGUAAAUAUUGUUCUAUAUGAAUUUAAAUAUAUUCUGUAUAUGUG